CCUGUGGGGAAAAAAGCGCAAAGGAAAGCGUCAGUGAAUGAGAAUAAUACUUUCCUUACGGAAGGGGACUGGUGAUCCUUUUUUUUUUCUUAACCAGGGAUGACUUCUUCUUUUAAAUUUUAUAUCUGACUUCACGCUUGCCUGCUAUCUUAAAAAUGUCAGGGCAGUGAAAGGGUGGAUCUGCUCUGUUGCCCCGUUACGUUAGCAUGGCUCUGUCCCAGAAGAAAUGCACAUCGGAGAUGUAUGCAGUGUCGCGAUGCAUGUUGCUGUUUGCAUUGGGAUUUGCACCUGUCUUUGCGUACGGACCCUGGGACACCGCUUGGCACAGCGGGCACAAUGACGGGCGUAAAAGUGACAGCAAGGGCUUGGACAUCAUGGUCUUAAUGCCUUUGAACAAGACGGCGCCGAUGAGCAACAUUGGCCAGGGGAUCCACCCUGCCGUCAUGCUGGCCAUUCAACAUAUUAAUGAGACCCAGCGGUUUUCCUUCUCCCUGACUCCCAGAAUCUACGACACGGAGUGUGAUAAUGCAAAGGGACUGAAAGCCUUCUUCGAUGCCAUAAAAUUUGGCCCACAGCACUUAAUGAUCUUUGGAGGAGUUUGUCCAUCAGUGACAUCAAUCAUUGCGGAGUCAAUUGGAGGCUGGAAUCUCAUUCAGCUUUCAUUUGCUGCAACAACACCUGUUCUUGGAGACAAAAAAAAGUAUCCCAACUUCUUCAGAACCGUCCCUUCAGACAAUGCAGUAAACCCAGCGGUGGUCAAGUUUCUUCAGCAAUACAACUGGAGGCGGGUGGGCACUUUAACCCAAGAUGUACAAAGAUUCUCUGAGGUGAGAAAUGAUCUGACCAAUGAACUGGAGAAAGCAGAAAUUCAAAUUGCAGACACAGAAAGCUUCUCUAAUGAUCCCUGCAUCAAUGUGAAAAAGCUGAAGGAUAAUGAUGUACGGAUAAUUAUCGGUCAGUUUGAUGAAAACUUGGCAGCCAAGGUCUUCUGUUGUGCUUACAAUCUGAACAUGUAUGGCAGCAAAUACCAAUGGAUCAUUCCAGGCUGGUACCAAGGAAACUGGUGGGAGCAGGCCAAUUCCACCAACUGCACCACAAAGAAACUGCUUGCAGCCAUGGAGGGGUACAUCAGUGUGGACUUUGAGCCUCUAAGUACAAAACAAAUCAGAGGAAUAUCAGGAAGGACUCCACACGAAUAUGAAAUGGAAUAUAACAGACUGCGGAAAGAGAAAGGGCUGGAAUCAAGUAAAUUCCAUGGGUUUGCCUAUGAUGGAAUUUGGGUGAUUGCCAAAACAUUGACUCGGGUUAUGGAAAUUUUGAAACAGAGAGGAGGACAUCGAAAGAUACAAGACUUCAAUUAUACCAAUAAGGAGCUUGGAAGAAUAAUGUUGGAUGUCAUGAAUGAAACCAACUUUCUUGGAGUAACAGGCCAGGUCAUGUUCAAAAACGGAGAGCGAAUGGGAACAAUCAAAUUCACACAGUUUCAAGAAGGCCAUGAAGUUAAGGUGGGAGAAUACAAUGCGAUUGCUGAUGUGCUGGAACUUAUUAAUAACACAAUUAGGUUUCAAGGUGUUGAACCUCCAAAAGACAAAACAAUUACUCGAAACCAGCGACGUCAAAUUAAUCUUCCUCUAUACAGCAUUCUUUCAGCCCUUACUAUAUUGGGAAUGUUUAUGGCAGGUGCUUUCCUCUUCUUCAACAUCAAAAACAGAAACCAAAAACUGAUAAAGAUGUCCAGCCCAUAUAUGAACAAUUUGAUUAUUCUUGGUGGAAUGCUAUCUUAUGCAUCGAUCUUCCUUUUUGGCCUUGAUGGAUCAUUUGUAUCUGAUAAAGUUUUCGAAACUCUAUGUACUGUGCGCACUUGGAUCCUAACUGUGGGAUACACUACUGCUUUUGGAGCCAUGUUUGCAAAAACCUGGAGAGUUCACGCUAUAUUUAAGAAUGUGAAAAUGAAGAAAAAGAUUAUUAAGGACCAGAAGCUACUGAUAAUUGUUGGUGGGAUGUUGUUGAUUGAUCUCUGCAUCCUGAUUUGCUGGCAGAUUGUGGACCCACUGAAGAGAACAGUAGAAGAGUACAAUUUAGAGGCGGAUCCAGAAGGCAGAGACAUUGCAAUCCGCCCUUUUCUGGAACACUGUGAAAAUACGCACAUGACAAUAUGGCUUGGCAUAGUCUAUGCCUACAAAGGGCUACUCAUGCUGUUUGGAUGUUUUUUAGCUUGGGAAACCCGUAAUGUAAGUAUCCCUGCUUUAAACGACAGCAAGUACAUCGGGAUGAGUGUAUACAACGUGGGAAUCAUGUGCAUCAUUGGAGCUGCUGUCUCUUUCCUAACACGUGAUCAGCCCAACGUGCAGUUCUGCAUUGUAGCCCUGGUCAUCAUUUUCUGCAGCACUAUAACGUUGUGCUUAGUGUUUGUGCCAAAGCUUAUCACUCUUAGAACAAAUCCAGAUGCAGCUACACAAAACAGAAGGUUUCAAUUUACGCAAAAUCAGAAGAAAGAAGAUUCAAAAACAUCCACAUCAGUGACCAGUGUAAAUCAGGCAAGCACAUCGCGACUAGAAGGUCUCCAGACAGACAACCACCGCUUGAGAAUGAGAAUAACAGAGCUUGACAAGGAGCUGGAGGAAGUGACCAUGCAGCUGCAAGAUACUCCAGAAAAGACCCCCUACAUCAAGCAAAACAAUUACCAAGAUCUUAACAACAUCUUAAGCAUACGUGGCUACACAGAGGGGAAAGAGGGAGAUAAAUCAAUAUUGAAAAAUCACCAUGAACAGAAACCUCAAGGGCAAUGGGGCUCCAUGGAUCCUUCAAAAACAAACAAGGGUCCUAUAGAAGACAUAAACUCACCAGAGCACAUACAACGCAGACUGUCAUUGCAGCUUCCUAUUUUACACCAUGCCUACCUGCCAUCUAUAGGAGGUGUAGAUGCCAGCUGCACCAGCCCAUCAGUGAGUCCAAGCGCCAGCCCCCGGCACAGACACAUGCAGCCCUCCUACCGGGUCAUGAUGUCGGGUCUGUGAGUCAAAGCCAAGAAUGGGAGUAGAGGUGUGAAUGGAAACAGGCUCCCUGCUUUUGUUGGACUGAUGUGUUAGUCAGCAAAACAGACUGUGUACGCGACCCAGUACUCUCAACACAACGCACGCUCUAAUCACCAGGGGACUGACAGCAAAGGCCUUCAUCUUAAUGCAAAUCGACGUUAUUGUGGCAACGAGGGGAAGGGCACAAAAAAAAAAAACAAAGACCUGACUUGUAGCCUUAUAUGUUAAGGAGUUUUAAUAGACGGGGGCUUUUCUUUUAUUCUUUUCAUUUUUUGGGGGCAUGUUUGAUGCCAAUUCAGCUUGUGAAAUGUGAGUAUUUUAAUAACUUUGUUAAGGAUACAGAAAGAGGUUAAUACAGGAGGACUUAGUGUAAUUUGAAUUAGCAAAAAUGUCAAUAAAAUGCAUACAUAUAGAUACACACCAGUUGUGUAUGAGUGUGUAUGCGUACA